UGGCCUACGGCAUGACACUCAACGGUAUUCUGGUCGGUCCAGUCUCAGCUGUCCUCCUAGGCCUCUGCGCCGCCCUCACCUUCAGCUCAGGGGCGACAGUUCAAGGCGCAGCAUUGACAACGGUGGUGAAGGCAGGAGACCGAUCGUGCUUCUACUCCUGGGUGGAUCAAGCGGGCGAAAAGAUCGGCUGGUACUUUGCCGUUCAAUCUGGAGGUAAUUUCGAGAUUGACUGGUCUGUCACCUCCCCGUCCCAAAAGAUCAUUACAGAAGGCCGCAACGAACGUCAGAUGGACAUCAUCUUCACAGGUCAAGAGGUGGGCGAAUAUCAAUUCUGCUUCGAGGAUCCGACCUUUGCGGCUGAAAAAGUCGUCGACUUCGACAUUACCGUCGAGAGCGAGCCAAGGUUGUCGGUGCCGCUCAGCCAGGCGCAGAUGCUCAAGGAGCAUUCCGCGCCCCUGGAGGAGAGUAUUGGAGAGGUACAGCAGCAGCUCACCUCCAUUGGAAGGACGCAGAGGUAUUUCCGAACUUGGGAAAACAGAGGCUUUGAUACAGUCAAGAGCACACAGUCAAAGCUCUUUUACUUUUCCGUCAUCGAGUCCGCCCUCAUCAUCGCCAUCAGCUUCGGGCAAGUCAGCCUGAUACGUUACCUCUUCGAUGCAAGAGGGACGAAGCGGUCGAGGGUGUGAGCAAGAGCGAUUCACGAUUCGCACGGUCUUCGGUAGUAUUACAGCUCAUCGGGCCGUGAUAGAGCCAACACAUCAGCAAUGACAAUGACGAGGGAACAGCGAAAUGCGUGGGAUGAGGUACUAAUCGACAUGACCGACUUAGUAUCACCUUCAGAGCGGAAGAACCACUUCAUCUCCUUUUAUCUCACCCGAACUACCAAACGAAUCUUUCCCAUGGACGCUUGCGAGAUGGGGGUUCAAAGUCCGGCAAAAGGUUGAUGUACAGUCGGCAUCGAUGGGAUGUGGCUGCUUGUUCCGAACAUGGUCAAGAGGCGAGGCCAGAUACCUCGCAAGGAGAGUCUCUAAUCCGAGU